AUGCUCAAACUACUCCUCGGUCUAAUCCUCAGACUCCUCCUCAGAUUAUGCUCAGAUUAUCCUCAAACUCCUCAGACUACUCCUCAAACUCCUCAGAUUAUCCUCAAACUCCUCAGAUUAUCCUCAAACUCCUCAGAUUAUCCUCAAACUCCUCAGACUAAUCCUCAGACUCCUCCUCAGAUUAUCCUCAAACUCCUCAGUCUAAUCCUCAAACUCCUCAGAUUAUCCUCAAACUCCUCGGAUUAUCCUCAAACUCCUCGGAUUAUCCUCAAACUCCUCAGAUUAUCCUCAAACUCCUCAGUCUAA